CUCAGGAAUGGAGUACGCCCGCCCUGGCGCCGUAACGCCUGUUUGCAUCUAAACACCACAAACAAGCACCAUAAGUGGUACAGUAUGGUGUAUCUGGCUUUGUAUGUUCAACAGUAUUAAAGGAAGAGCGCAGCGCCCAACCUCAGACCGCAUUACCUCCUUCCCAAUCAAAGCAAUGAUGCAGGCUUUGAGCGUGUAUACUGAUUAUGCGAGAUCUUGCCGACAUUUAGACGUAAUUUUCAUUUAAACGGAUAUACAAUGCCCAGAGGAGGAUUCUGCGAAGGCAGUUUAUCGGCCCUGCUAGUGGUCGUGCUGGCACUGGCCUCACUAAUAGCAGAAGGCCUCGUAAUUCCCUCGGAUGGCGGUAUUACGGUGGAGCAGCUGCUGGCAGGGCAAGAUGUCCUUCCACAGGGUGUCAUAUACCUGCAGCAGCAGGGUACAGAUUUCAUGACGGUUGAACUCCCCUCACCAACGGUUGUCCUGGAGGGCAGGGGCGGCACCAUGCCGGAGAGCCAGAUUGGCCUCAAGCCGCCUUCGGCGUACCGUUACAACCCACCAGCCCCUCCCAGCCCUCCAAAGCCACCGUUUCCACCAACACCACCACAAUCUCAGUCCCAACCGCCUAGCCCAGAUGCAACCUUUCAGCCUGCUGAAGCUUCGUACACGGUAUUGGACUUUAACUCUUAUCAUUUUGCUUCAUUAAGUCAUAUCCCGGCAAUUCGUGUGGCAUCAGGACAACAUCUAACCCUCUCAUCCCUGGGUAUAAGCGCAACAUACGUGCAAGAUCCUCUAGGACCGCGCAUAGGAACAACCCUUUCAUCAAUGUCAAUCGAAGUAAUCAUACAAGUUUUAGAUGGAGCCAUUCUGACCCUCAAGAAUGUGACUCUGCUCAUGACCGAAGACGGACUAACGUCCUACUUAAUUGGGAUGAGCAUGGCGACCAGUUCGUGGACCUACACCACAACCGCAACUGUCCACAACGGUGUCAUCCAGAUAGAGUCCCUCACAACACAAGCUCGAUUGGUAACCUUCCAUUCCGAGGAUUACAGCUUUGAUGCGUACACAGGCGGCGAGGUGCAGUGGUCGGGUGUGACGAUAACCUGCCCCGGGAAUGAAAUUCGCUAUCCUCGUAUGGCAGCAGCUCCGGUGACAAGCAUCUGGCAGCUAGACCAAUCAAGUCUGGAGUCGGUGAUUGGCAAGAUGACUGAUGGCACCCUGUUCCUGUCUGUGGCGGCGGAUUUGGUGCUGCCUGGAGAGGGGAGGUGGCAGCCGGUGUCGUUGCCGGCAUUUGUCCUGGUAGUGCUGCUGGGAAAUCCUGUGAGGACCACCACAUUCGACCUGGCAGGGGUGGAGCGUGCAUGGUACAAAAUUAGCGCCGAGGUUGAUCUUACUAUAGAUGAAACAAUGCUGCAAGUUAUACAGCUGCACGACCUUACAGUUGUUAACUUGCCGCUUGCAACAACACCUGCCAACACAAGCAGCCUGCUGGCUGUAAGCCUACAGAGUUUUGGCUUUGACAGGAUGACUCCCGAUUCAUCGUCACCCCAGCUCAGCCUCAAGCGCAGUACAAUUGUCGUACCGGACCAAGAGGUUGCCUUUUUGGAGCGGUUGUCCCGGACCAACAGGACCUCCCCUGCGCAGAUGGCAUCGCUGUUCAACGUCUUUGAUGUUCAGCAGCCCUCCCACAAUGCGCUCGAGGGGCAGCUGCUUGUAAACCAGCUGCGGAUGGGGACACAGGUUUCCCUGGUCAAUUGCACGCUGCUGUCCGCCAGCCGCUACUCGGCGCUUCCAGGCGCCCGGCCGUUGCUGCCACAGUCGCUGUUGUGGGCCCCGGAGCUGCUGCAUGGGGAUGCUGAGACGGCAGCGCAGUGGGGCCCGCUGGGUCUUACCUUGGCUCCCAGCUUUCAGUACGCCCUGUCCAACCUCGACUCGACUUGUGGGCCACUGCCUGGCAAGACCCCCGUCACGGUCAUUACUCGACGUGAUGACCAGAGCGUUCCCGCAGUGCUAUCUGGCGCUGAAGAGGCUGCCAGCUCCAUCCGCAUCUCUAGCGGUGGUCUGCUGGCCCCUGCUGGCGAGUGCGUUGUGGGUGGCUACCCGCAGCAGCUGGGAGGCGGCCGCACCUUUGUGAACCUGCAGGGAGCAAUCGGCCGCGUCAACCUUCAGCGACCCGUCACCCUCCGAAACCUGGUGUUCUACAACCUAGCGCCCGGCGGCAUGUACCCUCAGGACGCCAGUGCUGGGGACGACGACUACAUCAGCGGCCAUGGCAUGCGAGCAGAGCCGCCCCAGCUGAGGGGCCCUGACGCGGCUUGGGCCAACAGCUCGCUCCCGCUCUGGUUCUUCAGCAAGACUGGCAACAUCAGCACGACGGAUCCACAGGCGCCACGGCUAGCGCUCGAGAAUGUCACUCUCGUGGUUUCAGAGCCCGAGUGGCGUGCGCUAGCCGCUGCCGUGCUGCUGCAACACGUGGGCGCUGCAGCCGGGCGCUCACGUAGGGCGCAGGAGGAGCAGGAGGCAACGCAGCCGACGUAUUGGCGGGCGACAGCUGUCAUGGCAGGAAAGGAUGAUGCGCUUACAGCAGUAGCAUUAGGGAGCUCAACAGAGCCCACUGCUAGGGAGACGACAGGCGUGCACGUUGCCAAAGCGUCUCAUCGUGUGUCUCGCAAAUUGAAGGGGCUCUUAGGCGGUUCAGGGGGCGUACUCCGCUGGUACUAUCCGACACCACCGUCACCCCAGUUAUCCCAGACACCAACUCUGCCACCGCCCAGCCAAACGCCACCUCCUCUUUACGAACAACCACUGGUUCCUACAGUGGACCAGCCGCCAGCAGUGAUAGCGACCCCUGACAGCGUUGCCCAGCCGCCACCGCCGCCGCCGUCACUGCCACCGCCGCCACCUCUGCCACCUUUACCCCUGCCUCCUCCUUCACCUCCACUGCCAACGCCAUCCCCACUGCCGCCCCAACUACCAUAUAAACUGCCAUCACCACCGUCGCAAUCUCCGUCACCACCACCUCAACCCCGGCCUCCUCGGCCAUCACCCCCGAAGCCACCAGUACCCCAACCUCCCCAUCCACGACCUCCCCGACCGCCCCCCUCACCCCCGCCAACCCCACCACCGCCACCCCUACCACCCGGCUCGGACACUCCAGUGACGGCGUUGCUGGCCUUUGCUGCGGCAUCCCAGGCACUGUCCUAUGACUACAAUGCCGGGGUGCUGGUCCUGGCGGCUGCUCAGCACUACGGCUGGGUGGGAACCAACGUGACGGUGACGUACAAGUUGCCACCGGAUGCCCCCAGGAAUGCAAGCCUGCUUUCCUACCCGUCAUUUACCCUGCCGUACCAAGAGCUUGCAGAAAUGGACAUCAACAUAUCAGUCAGCACCUUCCUUCCACCACCUCCCAGCCCGCCCACCGCUCCCGCAAACGUUCAACACCCGCCACCGCUCGUGACCCGCCCGACACCGCUUAUGCUAUCAACCGACACAAUGCCGGCUCAGCCCGGGCCACUGCCUUCUUCAACAGCUAGCACCGCCCCUCCCCCUCCCUCCACCGUCGACCGUCCUGCCUAUGUGGUGCCUGUGGCGAGCUCCCUUUCUGCCUUCUUCGGGCUCCUGCUGCUGUUGCUGACCCUAAUGCUUGUCAAGACGGCAGUUAUGCGGCGCCGGUAUGCGGCCGCUAAUGAGGCUAUGCUGGUACCAGCCGGCAAGGACGGGGCUGACGAAAUUAGCACUAGACGGCCCGUUAACCGCCUGUCACGCGAUGUGACGCAAUUUGCAGUGGCUAACGUGACGCAAUUGGCAGCCGCAGAUGUGGGGUUCAGGGGGAAUGCCACAGGUGCCAGCGAUUCCAGCCAGGGCAGCAGGGAUGCGACAUUGAAUGCCUCGGUCGCCAACACGACAGAAUCCUCUGGCAAGCUGGAGAGUAAUUCUAGCAGCCCGGAGGGAACUGGACCUGCUGGCAAACGUGACACUCGGGAAGCCAACCGCCUGAUGAGGCUGAACAACGUGCUGGCAGCAUCCAUGGGAGCUGCUGCUGAGCUGCGGAACCAGGGGGAGCAGGCAAAGGGACAUGUGGGGCAGUCUUCCCCGGGAAACACCUGCAGUGGCAAUGACACUCAAGGAUGUGCGGUGGGGCAUGAUGGGCAAACCAACCCAGGGGACACCCGCAGUAAUGGGAUGGAGGCCCGGGGAUGUGCGGUGGAAGGAGCAGAGAGCUGCCAGGCCCAGCACGUUGGCAUGAGCAAUUCGUACAUCCGUAGCAUGCAGGCCUACUACAACAGCCUUUGCAAGCAGGCCGAGUUAAACACUCGGACAGCGAAUGCCGUUGGGACUCGGGACGUGGAGGCAGCUGAAGCUCGGCUUCAGCCGGAUAGCCCCGCCUCUCAAUCUAGCAGGCUCCCAGCAGCUGAUAUACCGGGGACUAUGCGUGCGGCAAUAGAUGCAGCAAGGGCCGAGCUUCAGGAUUAUGCCCUCGAGCUUCAUUCCGUCAUCGCCAUAGGGGCCUCUGGUGUAGUCUACGGUGGCACGUGGCGGGAUUUGCCAGCAGCGAUUAAGACGCUGGUGGUGCCAGCUACCGUGAUCAGCCUCGUGGGACGUGCACGGCACCGGGCGGUGCUGGAGGCGGCCGUGUCCAUGAGCCUGGCACACCCCAACAUCGUGGCCACUUACACGUACGACAUCAAGGCGCUCGUGCAGAAGCCAGAGCCCAAUGAAAUGUCUGCUCCGGUCGGCAUAGCCGCGGCAGGGGACGCUGAGCAGGGCGCGGCGGAGGUGUACAAGCUGUACAUCGUGCAGGAGUACUGCAACGCGGGCACCCUGCGGGAGGCACUAGAAAAGGGCAUGACAGGCUGUGUUCGUGCCGGCGGGGCAUUCAAGGCUCUUGCGCUGCGUCUCGCUCUGGACGUGGCACAGGGCAUGCGGCACAUCCACUGCUGCCGCAUCGUGCAUGGAGACCUAAAGCCAGAAAACGUGCUGCUGGUGUACGGACCUCAAUCCAUGUCCGAGGAUGAGGGUGCCAACAGGGACGAGCCAUACAGUGAAGGGCUGAUGGCAAAGGUGGCGGAUUUUGGUCUGAGCCUGCCGUUGCCCGAGGGAGCCACACAUGCCUCGGGGCUUUUCCGGGGAACACCCGCGUACAUGGCGCCAGAGGUUUCAACUGGCGGCCAGUUGUCUCCUCGUGCGGACGUUUGGUCGUUCGGGCUGCUGCUGUUGGAGCUCUACUACGGCUGCUCCAUGAGCGCAGUCUUGGCGUCGGAGCUCCCAGCAGCCGGGCACGGUGGCGAGGGUGUUCCAACUAGAGAACCCCUUUUACAGCUACCUCAUCUUCUCAAGGACAUGCUCACCUCCGCUCACCGGCCGUACGGAGAGCUGGCAGCCGCAUGCCUGACUCUGGAUCCCCGGAGUCGCCCUUCCUUCAACGACAUUGUUGAGCAGCUGCGGCAAUUGCUGUGAGGCGGCAGCGAACACAUAACUCGUGGAGCUGUAGGGGCUCUGGAUUUGUAGACGGAGUGCUGAAUGAAGACGGGUGGGACGGCAGGUAGAAGUCACGGCAGAGCGGCAUGGUAUUGCAGCCUGUCUCGGGACGGCCGCCAGCCUCUUCGUGUUCGUAGUUCUGGUUUCCGGCUAUUGUACUUUAGCUUUAGAGCUGGAGAUGCUGUGGCCCUUGCCUAGCAGUUCCUUUUCCUGGUUACUGGUAUGCUUUUGGCUGGCUUUGCGAUGAUGGUUUCUUGCUGUGUGGUACUUUGGAUGGGGAGUUGCUAAACAAGUGGAUUGGGUUCCCUGUUUCACCACAAUUCCCGGUCGGUGGGGAAUAAUAUUUCAUGCUAAGACCCCUGCCAUUGUGUUUCGUCCUUUGCUUGGGCUUUGUCAGCUAUAGCACCUUUAGCAUGCUGCUGGGGUUGUCAACCCUGUCAAGGAUGAGCUCUGGUUGGUUUGUGCUGCUGCUGUUGCCAGUGUCUUUCCACCUUGGGGUGGCUCCAAUGGCAUACCCCUGGCAUACAGGUUUUCUUCUAGGGUCUAGUCCCCUUCUGCCUUGGGGUUCUGCCCUUUCCUUGCAGUGUAGGCUGGGUAUCGCCCGUUUUCGGCCUGCCCUUGAUUCCAGGCGCUCCGCUAGGCCGCGGCUUGCAAGCAAGGGAACAGCCAUAGGAAUACCCCCAGCCUUAUGGUCCAAUUGUUUUGCCUAUUUUGGAAACAGAUGUCUAGAGACAGAAUGAAGAUUUAUGACUCCGUAUUUUUGCUAUGUUUGCAUGACGAUACCUCGCCGUCAAGCGGUAAAUUUUUCGUUCCAUCCGCGGACAAGGCAGCAUUGCGGCCUAGUACCAUAAGGGCCGGGUGUAAUGUUAUAGUGUGUGCCGUGAACAGC